GGUUUCCUGUCGCGCAGACUGAAGCAGUCUCUCCGUCGGACCCGUUCCCAGCCCAAACUGUCCCGUCACAGCAGCCUGAAGGCCGACCUGACCGGGACCGCCCACUCCAGGUGUGUGAUGCGGCGGCUACGUUGUGGUAGCCAGGAGUCGUUGCUAAGCACCGGCUGUGUGUCGUCUCUAGAACUCAGAAUGGACCAAUCAGUGAUCAUCAAACCCGUUCACUCAUCCCUGCUCGGACAGGACUACUGCUUCGAGGUGACAACCUCAACAGGCACAAAGUGCUUCUCAUGCCGCUCGGCAGCAGAACGAGACAAAUGGAUGGAGAACCUGCGGCGAGCCGUCCACCCCAACAAGGACAACAGCCGGCGGCUGGAGAACGUUCUGACCUUGUGGGUGAUCGAAGCUAAAGACCUGCCCGCCAAGAAACGGUACUUCUGCGAGCUGUGUCUGGACGACAGCCUGUACGCUCGCACCUCCUGCAAGCUGAAGACGGACAACAUCUUCUGGGGCGAGCGCUUCGACUUCAGCAGCCUGCCGUCCGUGGCCUCCAUCACACUGCACCUCUACAAGGACACAGACAGGAAGAGGAAGAAGGACAAGAGCAGCUACGUGGGCCUGAUCAACAUCCCCGUCGCCACCGUGAUGGGCAGACAGCUGGUGGAGAAGUGGUACACGCUGAGCACGCCCAGCACCAUCCGAGGGAAGUCGUCGGUGCCGACGGUUCGGGUCAAAGCCCGGUACCAGAGCAUUGUCAUCUUGCCCAUGGAGCAGUACAAAGAGUUCGCCGAGUACAUCAGCGCCAACUACCUUCUGCUGUGCUCCACCCUGGAGGCCUCCAUCAGUCUGAGAGCCAAGGAGGAGCUGGCUGCUGCUCUGGUGCACAUCCUCCACAGCACCGGCAAGGCCAAGGACUUCCUGACAGACCUGAUGAUGUCAGAGGUGGAUCGUUGCCGUGACAAUGACCAGCUCAUCUUCAGAGAGAACACACUGGCGACAAAAAGCAUCGAGGAAUACCUGAAGCUGAUUGGACAGAAGUACCUUCAGGAUGCCCUCGGUGAGUUCAUCAAAGCUCUGUAUGAGUCUGAUGAGAACUGUGAGGUGGACCCGUCUCGCUGUGCGACCUCUGACCUUGCCGAGCACCAGGCUAACCUGAGGAUGUGCUGCGAGCUGGCUUUCUGCAAGAUCCUGGACUCCUACAGGGUGUUCCCGCGGGAGCUGAAGGAGGUGUUUGCAUCGUGGCGUCAGGAGUGCAGUAACCGCGGGCGACCGGACAUCAGCGAGCGCCUCAUCAGCGCCUCUCUGUUCCUGCGCUUCCUGUGCCCGGCUGUGAUGUCACCAUCGCUGUUUGACCUGAUGCAGGAGUACCCCGACGAGCGCACGGCGAGGACGUUGACCCUCAUCGCCAAAGUCAUCCAGAACCUUGCUAACUUCAGCAAGUUCGGCACUAAAGAGGAGUACAUGCUGUUCAUGAACGACUUCGUGGAGCGGCAGUGGAGCAGCAUGCAGCGUUUCCUGCAGGAGAUCUCCAACCCUGACGGGUUGAACCACACCGCCGGCUUCGAUGGAUACAUCGACCUCGGCAGAGAGCUGAGCAGUCUGCACACCCUGCUGACCGAGCUCGACCAGUCCUGCCUGUCAAAGCUUGGGCCUCUUCCUCGGAUCCUCAGAGACGUGUCCACGGCUCUUGCGCACCCGGGGGGCAUGGUCAGUGCUGGGGGCAUCUCAGUUUCCUCCCCGGAGCCUCAGCGUGUGGUGUCUCCGCCCCCUAUGUCUCCGCCCCCUCUGUCUCCGCCUCUUUCGCCUCCUAUGGCAGCCUGUAAUCCCUCUGUUGGCCUGCAGGGCGGAGUGGGACUGGAUGGAGGUUGUGUCGACUUCACCAGACUUCCGUCUCCGACUCCAGAGAACAAGGAUCUGUUCUUCGUCACUAAAGGAUCCAGCCUGCAGCCUGCAUCAGGCAUGCGAGGGUCCCCAGCUCCGAGUUCGUCGUACUCAGAGCCAAACGAGAACGAAGCGGCGUUUGAAAUGACCAACGGUGGUCGGAAGGAGGGGGCGGAGCUUGCCAACGAGAGCCGCAGUCUGUCUCUGGUGGACCUGCAGGACUCCUCCCCCAGCGAAGGCCUCGACGACGGCCAGUGGCAGCGAAGGACGGGGCUCCUCCCCCUCUCCUUUCAGAACCCCGUCUAUCACAUGACCACCACGUCGCCCCGGCAGCCACAGCAGCAGCAGACGGAUGCCACGCCCUCGGACGGCUCGGUGGGCUCGCAGGGAAUCCCCGAGGACAAAGGCGCCGUGGCGGCCAAGCCGGCGUUCCUCACGCAGAUGUCUGUGGGCAUGGGGGGCGGCGAGCGCAUGUCGGCCAUGUCGAGCAGCAGCAGCGGGGAAGAGUAUUCCCGACGGGCGCUGUCUCUCACCGAAACGCUCACAGGAAGCUCCGCCCCCCCGCGGCAGAACUCCUCCGGUCCUCAGAGACGCAUCGAUCAGCCUCCGCCGCCGUCCUCGGCUCCUCCCUGUCCUCCUCGAGGCCGCACCCCUCCCAGCAUGCUGAGUGGCGGAGGCUCCGCCUACCCGCCGCGCCCCGCCUCCGGCAGCAUGAUGUCGUCCAGUCCCGACUGGCCGAGCGGCGGUCCGUCGCGGCUCAGGCAGAUGUCCUCGUCGUCCAAAGGCGACAGCCCGGAGAAGCAGCGGCCUGCCGCCAAGGCUCCGUCUCCCUGCGCGUUGGACCGGACCGCCGCCUGGCUGCUCAACAUGAACUCUGCUUCCUCCUACGGCGAGACGGAGGACGACCGUCAUGACGACGCCCUGGUGGAGAAGUACCAGCAGGAGAUCGCUCUGCUGCAGGAGAAGCUGCGUGUCGCCUCCAUGCGACAGGAGGAGUGUGAAGCUCGUCUCCUGGUCCAGGAUCAGCAGAACCAACGCAUGCUGCAGGAGUACCAG